GGGGCGUCCCCAACGGCUCCCGCGGCGGUUUGACCUCGGGCCAGCUGGGGUUCGCUAGUUUCCUGCGUGGUGUGUCUGGGGUUCCACGCUUGGGGUCCGGCAGAGGGUCCGAAGUUUCCGAACGCAGCGGAGAUCGCGGCGUGCGCCGUCGUCGGUGGGUCUCUCUCACAACUAUGACUUCGGUGGGAACUAGAGAUGUUGCAAAGAAAGCAGAAUGGGGACCUUAACCAUUGACUUGUGUUUGGGAGAGUCUUCUUAUUUAAGCAGAAGCAAAUUUGUGGAAACAAAAGAGGAAAGAGGAUAGAAACAUUUUCUCUACUAAGAUUCCAUAGCAUCUCAUUUAAUUUCCUGCCAGUUUCUUCCAAUAAGGAAAUGGAGUCUAGUUCCUCAGACUACUAUAAUAAAGACAAUGAAGAAGAAAGUUUGCUGGCAAAUGUUGCUUCCUUAAGACAUGAACUGAAGAUAACAGAAUGGAGUUUGCAGAGAUUAGGGGAAGAGUUAUCUAGUGUUAGCCCACGUGAAAAUUCUGGUUAUGCCUCUAAUCUCUCAAGGUCUGAAAGGCUCGUUCUGGAAGAUCUUUCUCAGCCUAGCCAGCUUGGACUUUUGAAUUACUCAUCUUAUAAAAAAGUUUGUAAAAUGCCCAAUAGUGGUACUGAUGUUCAAAAAAAGCCAAGAGAUAAGAUGUCUUUUUCAUCUUCUACCCCUGUGGAUCAGGAAAUCAAAAGUCUUCGAGAGAAACUUAAUAAAUUUAGGCAACAGAAUGCUUGUUUGGUCUCACAGAAUCAUUCUUUAAUGACUAAAAUAGAGUCUGUCCACUUUGAAUUGACACAGUCAAGAGCAAAAGUCUUAGUUGUGGCACAUGGGAUCUUUGUUGAGGUUUCUAUGCUUGAACCUGCUCAACAACAGGCAGCCAUUGUACCAAUCUUAGAAGAACAGAUUAUAAAUUUGGAAGCAGAAGUUUCAGCCCAAGAUAAAGUUUUGAGAGAGGCAGAAGAUAAAUUACAGCAGAGUCAGAAAAUGGUGACUGAAAAGGAACAGAGUUUGCAGAAGUCCCAAGAGGAAUGUAUAAAGCUAAAGGUAGACUUACUUGAACAAAGUAAACAAGGAAAGAGAGCUGAACAACAAAGGAAUGAAGCACUAUAUAAUGCUGAAGAGCUAAGUAAAGCUUUCCAACAUUAUAAAGAAAAGGUGACUGAAAAACUGGAAAAGGUUCAAGCUGAAGAAGCAAUAUUAGAGAAAAAUCUAAUUAACUGUGAAAAAGAAAAUAAAAGGCUACAGGAAAAGUGUGGUCUAUAUAAAAGUGAACUUGAAAUUCUGAAAGAGAAAUUAAGGCAGUUAAAAGAAGAAAAUAAUAAUGGAAAAGAAAAAUUAAGGAUCAUGGCAGUGAAAAAUUCAGAAGUCAUGGCACAACUAACUGAAUCUAGACAAAGUAUUCUUAAGCUAGAGAGUGAGUUAGAGGAUAAAGACGAAAUACUUAGAGAAAAAUUUUCUCUGAUGAAUGAAAACCGAGAAUUAAAAGUUCAUAUUGCAACACAGAAUGAGAGACUGGAUUUGUGUCAGCAAGAAAUAGAAAGUUCAAGGGUGGAACUGAGAAGUUUGGAAAAAAUUAUAUCCCAGUUGCCAUUAAAAAGAGAAAUGUUUGGUUUUAAAUCAUCUCUGUCUAAGCACCAGAUGAGUAUUUUGUCAAACAAGGAAGACAGUUACAUUGGCUGCUGUGAGACAAAUAAAAUGGUGAUUUCGGAAUUGAGGAUUAAGCUUGCAAUGAAAGAGGCAGAAAUUCAAAAGCUUCAGGCAAACCUGACUGCUAAUCAGUUAUCUCACAAUCUUAUUGCUUCUAAUGACAACCAAGAAAGUGGCAAAUUAAAUAGUUUAGAAACAGAACCUGUAAAACUAGGAGGUAAUCAAGUAGAAAGUAUAAAAGAUCAAAAUCAACAUACUGUGAACAAGCAAUAUGAAAGAGAAAGGCAAAGACUUGCUUCUGGAAUAGAAGAAUUACGUGAUAAGUUGAUGCAGAUAGAAGCUGAGAAUUCUGACUUGAAGGUUAACAUGGCCCACAGAACUAGUCAGUUUCAGCUGAUUCAAGAGGAGCUGCUAGAGAAAGCUUCAAACUCUAGCAAACUUGAAAGUGAAAUGACAAAGAAAUGUUCUCAACUUUUAACUCUAGAGAAACAGCUAGAAGAAAAAAUUGUUGCUUAUUCCUCUAUUGCUGCAAAAAAUGCGGAACUAGAACAGGAACUUAUGGAAAAGAAUGAAAAGGUUAGAAGUCUAGAAACCAAUAUCAAUACAGAGCAUGAGAAAAUUUGUUUAGCUUUUGAAAAGGCAAAGAAAAUUCACCUUGACCAGCAUAAAGAAAUGGAAAAGCAGAUUGAAAGACUUGAAUCUCAACUAGAGAAAAAAGAACAACAAUUUAAAGAACAAGAAAAGACAAUAUCCAUGUUGCAGCAAGAUAUAAUAUGUAAACAACAUCACCUUGAAUCACUAGACAGACUCUUGACGGAAAGCAAAGGGGAAAUGGAAAAGGAAAAUAUGAAGAAAGAUGAAGCUUUGAAAAUAUUACAGAACCAAGUAUCUGAAGAAACAAUCAAGGUCAGACAACUAGAUUCAGCAUUGGAAAUUUGUAAGGAAGAACUUGCUUUGCAUUUGAACCAAUUGGAAGGAAAUAAAGAAAAGUUUGAAAAACAGCUAAAGAAGAAAUCUGAAGAAGUAUAUUGUUUACAGAAAGAGCUGAAGAUUAAAAAUCACAGUCUUCAAGAGACUACUGAGCAAAAUGUUAUCCUGCAGCAUACUCUUCAACAACAGCAGCAAAUGUUACAACAAGAGACAUUUAGAAAUGGAGAGCUAGAAGACAUUCAAACUAAACUUGAAAAACAGGUAUCAAAACUUGAACAAGAGCUUCAGAAACAAAGGGAAAGUUCAGCUGAAAAGUUGAGAAAAAUGGAGGAAAAAUGUGAAGCAGCCACAUAUGAAGCAGAUUUAAAAAGGCAAAAAGUUAUUGAACUUACUGGUACUGCCAGGCAAGUAAAACUUGAGAUGGAUCACUACAAAGAAGAACUGUAUAAAAUGGAAAAAGAAAUAAAGCACCUAAAACGAGAUGGAGAAAAUAAAGCAAUGCAUCUCUCUCAGUUAGACAUGAUAUUAGAACAGACAAAGACAGAACUAGAUAAGAAAACAAACGCUGUGAAGGAGUUAGAAAAGUUACAGCACCACACUGAAACUGAACUAACAGAAGCCUUGCAGAAACGGGAAGUACUAGAGACUGAACUACAAAAUGCUCAUGGAGAAUUAAAGAGUACUUUAAGACAACUCCAGGAAUUGAGAGAUGUUCUACAGAAGGCUCAGUUAUCAUUAGAGGAAAAAUACACUACUAUAACGGAUCUCACAGCUGAACUUAGGGAAUGCAAGAUGGAGAUUGAAGACAAAAAGCAAGAACUCCUUGAAAUGGAUCAGGCACUUAAGGAGAGAAAUUGGGAGCUAAAGCAAAGAGCAGCUCAAGUUACAUAUUUGGAUAUGACUAUUCGUGAGUACAGGGGAGAAAUGGAACAGAAAAUAAUUAAAUUAGAGGGUACUCUGGAGAAAUCAGAAUUGGAACUUAAAGAAAGCAACAAACAGAUAGAAGGUUUGAAUGAAAAAUUGCAAAAUGCCAAAGAACAACUUCGAGAAAAAGAGUUUAUAACACUACAAAAUGAACAGGAGAUAAGUCAACUGAAAAAAGAAACUGAACGGACACAAGAAAAGAUGAAAGAAAUGGAAAUUGUUAUGAAAGAGCAGGAACAGUACAUUGCAACUCAGUACAAGGAGGCCAUAGAUUUGGAGCAAGAAUUGAGGCUAUCUCGGGAGCAGAUGCAGAACUCUCAUACAGAAUUGGUGGAGGCUCAUCGUCAACAAGUCCAAGCACAGAGAGAAGUAGAAAGGCUGUCAAGUGAACUGGAGGAAAUAAAGCAACUCUCUAAAGAGAAAGAAGCUCAUGGAAAACAUUUAGCUGAAGAGUUGGGGGCUUCUCAAGUACGUGAAGCUCAGUUAGAAGCAAGAAUGCAAGCAGAAAUCAAGAAAUUGUCAGCAGAAGUAGAAUCUGUCAAAGAAGCUUAUCAUCUAGAGAUGAUUUCACAUCAGGAGAAGCAUGCAAAAUGGAAGAUUACUGCUGAUUCUCAAAAGACUUCUGUUCAGCAACUAAAUGAACAGUUAGAGAAAACAAAACUAGAAUUAGAAGAAGCUCAGGACACUAUAAGCAAUUUGCAUCAGCAAGUCCAAAACAGGAAUAAAGUAAUUGAAGCUACAAACGAAGCAUUACUUAUUAAAGAAUCAGAAUUAACCAGAUUGCAAGCCAAAAUUUCUGGACAUGAAAGGUCAGAAGACAUCAAGUUUCUACGAGCCCCAUUUACAUCUCCAGUAGAAAUUGCGCCUGAUAUUCAAGAUUCAAAAUUUGCUAAGCAUUCUCACACAGCUUUCUUCAAGUGUAGAAAACUACGUCGCUCUAUUAGUGCCAGUGACCUUAGUUUCAGAACUCGUAGUGAUGAAGAUCUUUCUGAAGAAUUACUGCAGGACUUAAAAAAAAUGCAAUUGGAACAACCUUCAACAUUAGAAGAAAGCCAGAAGGAUCUGACUUAUACCCAGUCAGACUCAUUUAAACCUCUCCCAUAUGACCUAGAAGAUGAUAGUUCUGAGAAUAAUGACUUCAGUACACUUAGUGGAAUGCUAAGAUAUAUAAACAAAGAAGUGAGACUAUUAAAAAAGUCUUCUAUGCAAACAGGUGCUGGUUCAACUCAGGGAGAAAAUUUGUAAUUGAAAGAAGACGUUGAUGUGAUGAAAAAUGGAAUUUUUGGUACUGUGCUGUGUUUACUUAUUAUAUACAGUUCAUACUUCACAGAAGCUGUUAUUUUAUUGCUUUUGAAUAAAUUUUAAGGUUUUUAAAGAAAGUUCUUUCUUCUAAAGCUUACUUAUACUUUUUGUGAAAAUUAAUUCACUUUAUUUAUUGUUUCGGUUUAAACUUGCUACUUUCCUUUUCUUUAUUUUUUAUGUAGAAAUCAUUGUUAAAAUGCAUAAUAAGUACAUUCAGACUACCAUAUUAUUUGCUUAUUUUUCUAGUGAUACUUUAUUUUUAAAACAAGUAAUAUGAAUUUAGAGUUCAUUCUGCCACAGGUUCAUAAUUGUACUAAUAAUGGCUAGCUUUUGUUGAAUGUUUACCAUUUAUCAAGCACUAUUUUAGGCAUUUUAUAUUUGAUAACUCAUUUAAUCCACAUGACAGUCUUGUACAUGCCUUAAUUUUAAAAUGCUUUAUUGCUAGUGCAGUUCCAGACCACUGCAGUAAAGUGAAUACACAGUAAACAAAUCAAGCAUAAUCAAAGUUAUGUUUAUAUAACUAUGUAUGUUAGUCUGUGUAGCAUUAUGUCUAAAAAAAAAUCAAUGUACAUGCCUUAAUUUUAAAAUGCUUUAUUGCUAACAAAUACUAAGCGUUAUCUGAGCCUUCAGCAUUCAUAUUCUUUUUUCUGGUGGAGGGUCUUUCCUCUGUCUUGGUGGUGGCUGAGGCUGGGGUGUCUGUGGCAAUUUAUUAACAUAAGACAACAAUGAAGAUUGCCGCACAGAUGGACCCUUCCUUUAACAAACAAUUCCCUGUAGCAUGCAGUGCUGUUUGACAGCAUUUUACCCACAAUAGGACUUCUUUCAGAAUUGGAGUCAAUCCUCUCAAAUCCUGCUUUAUCACCUAAGUUGACAUAAUAUUCUAAAUCCUUUGUUGUCACUUCAACAGUCUUUACAGCAUCUUCACGAGGAGUAGAUUCCAUCCCAAGGAACUACUCUGUUUGCUCAUCCAUAAGAAGUAACCCCUUGUUCAUUCAAGUUUUAUCAUGAGAUUGUGACAAUUCAGUCAAAACUUCAGGCUCCACUUCUGAUUCUAGUUCUCUUGCUGCUUCCUCCACUAAAGUCUUAAACCCCUCCAAGUCAUCCAGGAGGUUUGGGAUUAACUUCUUCCAAAUUCCUAUGAGUGUUAAUAGUUUGACCUCCCAUGAAUCACAGGUGUUCUUAAUGGUAUUUAGCAUGGUGAAUCCUUUCCAGCAGGUUUUCAGUUUACUUUGCACAGAUCAAUUAGAGGAAUCACUCACUAUUGCAGCUAUAGCCUUACAAUUUAUUUCUCAAAUAAUAACACUUGAAAGUGGAAAUUGCUCCUUGGUCCAUGCGCUGCAGAAGGGAUGCUGUGUUAAGCAGGCAUGAAGACAACAUUAAUCUCAUUGUACAUCUCCAUCCAAGCUCUUGGUGACCAGGUGUGUUGUAAAUGAGCAGUAAUAUAUUUUGAAAGGAAUCUUUUCUUCUGAGCAGUAGGUAUCAACAGUGGGAUUCAAAUAUUCAGUAAACCAUGUUGUAGACAGAUUUACUGUCAUCCAGGAUUUAUUGUUGCAUUUACAGAGUGCAGGCAGAGUAGAUUUAGCAUAAUUCUUAAGUGCCAUAGGAUUUUCAGAAUGGUAAAUGAGCAUUGGCUUCAACUUCAAGUCACCAGCUAUGUUAGCCCCUGACAAGAAAGUCAGCCUGUCUUUGAAGCUUUGAAACCAGGUAUUGACUUCUUCUCUCUAGCUAUGAAAGUCCUGAUGGCAUCUUCUUCCAAUAGAAGGCUGUUUAGUCUACGCUGAAAGUCUACUGUUUAGUGUAGCCACCUUCAUUAAUUAUCUUAGCUAGAUCUUCUGGAUAACUUGCAGCUUGUACAUCAGCGCUUGCUGAUUCACCUUGUACUUUGAUGUUGGGACAUGGUGUCUUUCCUUAAACCUCAUGAACCAGCCUCUGCUAGCUUCAUACUUUUCUUCUGCAGCUUCCUCACCUCUCAGCCUCCACCGAAUUGAAGAGAAUUAGGGCCUUGAUUAUGCUUUGGCUUAAGGGACUGUUGUGACUGUUUUUAUCUUCUAUUCAAAUCACUAAAACCUUUUUCAUGUCAACAAUAAGCAACAUAAAGUACCUAGGAAAAAAUUUAAUGUAAGACAUGAAGACCUGUAUAUUAAAAAGUUCAAAACACUGCCAAGACAAAGAUUUAAAGAGAUAGAGAGGGCUUCC